CCUAAAUUUUUUAGCACCAUGCCAUUGUCGAAGGCCCCAAAAGAAAAAAAACAGACGAAACCCACGCCAUUUCCGAUUGAAGUUGGAGAAGGGCAAAGCCGCCAUUGGUAUGAUGAUCUGUGAUGUAAGCUUCUGAGUUGUGACCUUCGCUCGUUGGCCCAUUGAAAACUGCACCCAACUUGUUUGAGCCAGUCUGGGACUUAGAACCUCUAUUAUUUUCCCUUUGACAGAAAAUCUAAUCCCAGAUUUCUCGACCAUCAUCUCUUCCUUCCGCUGGGGGCAGAGUUGGGGAAGACUCUGUUGGGAAUUGGAUAUGCAUCUAUGGCCUACAAUCAAGUUGAGAGACUCCUUCAGCAUCGACUACAUCCGGCGGUUGGAUUGGAACCUCCACCGGAUGAAAGUCGACAAGAAAAGCAAGCAGCGUCUCCUGGACGACGGCGGUGACCAGGAGAGCGGCGCUCCUGGAGACGAAGGAGUAGAAGAAGAAGAAGGGUCCAUUUCAAAGGACGGGUUCACCGAAAGAGCUGCUUUCGUAUGCAGAGAGAUCUUCUUGGUCCUCUCGUGCUGUUACUGCUGUUUCUGCUGUGGAGGAGAGAUGUUUUUGAUUGCCCUCAUCAGUCUAGAACUUGAGUUUGCAGGAUUACUUCCUCCCAUCAAUCAUCACCACACUCUGCCACUUUCUCGAGAUAAAGAGGACGAGAAGGAAAGAUCCGCCAUGGAUGGAAUUGUGGGGAAGGUGGGAGGGAGGUUCAGAAUCUCGCUAACGGAUUCGACAAUGAUGAAGAUCCUCCAUUCCGCCAUGGACAAGUCUCACGAGCGAGUCAAGUCCGAACAGGGCGUCAUCCUCCGGCUGACGGAGAUAUCCAAAUUCUACGAGCUGGCGGUAAUGCUGCUAGACGGCUGCCUGCGCUUCGUCGGGGACGAAGCGGUGGCCAGCAGCAGCAACAGCGCCGUCGCGGAGGAGAGCGGCGACGAGGAUGUCGUGGGAGACCUAGCUGAGAUCAGGGACCGGCUCCGAGGCCGGCUGAGGGAGACGGAGCUCGCGAUCGCGGAGAAGGACAGGGAGUUCAGGUGCAGGUUCGGCGACGAAUCGCCCGAGCUGAAGCGGCUCGAUUCUCUGGGCGUGGAUUUCAGGCUGGAGAAGCUGAAGAGUAGUGCCGAGGGGAAUUCGGAGGAAGAGUUCUCGGAGCUUCAGCAUUCGGUGGAUCAGCAGGUGAUGAACAUCAAACAGAAGCUCGGCCCUGAGUACAAGAUGGUGGAGAAGAGGAGGAACAAGAGCGUCGAUUGCUUGAGGAUCGAUCAGAUGGGAUCCGAGAUCGACAUCUUGAAAUCGACGAUGGAUCUCGCGUUUGGGAGGAUGCACAGUGUUAUGUCGUUGUCGGAAUCGGAGAAGCAAGCGGAGCAGCGGUGGGGAUGUGAGAUUGAGCGAGGGACGACGGCUGUCUUGAUCAGAGGGUUCAUGGAGGAUUUGGAAGAGAGAUUUGUUUCAGAAAUCGACAUGAGAGGAAAGCGGGGUUCGAUUGCGUUGAAUGUGGGUUUGAUGGAUGUGAUGAAUGAGUUGAGAUGCUUGCAGGAUGAAUCUAUGAGCCCCAGAGGAAAGGUGAGGGAAGUGCUUGGGAAAAUUGAGAAUCUAGUUCAAUGGUAUGGGGGCCAUGGAAACCAGGAGGCUUCUUUAGUGAAAAGUUUGGAUGAGUAUGAUCAGGAAAGAAAGCCAGAAUCGAUGGUUGAUUGUUCGGAUGGCGGAUUUAAUGAAGUUAAUGAUACUACUGAUGCAUCAAGAGAAGAACUAGUUAAUGAGAUUGAGAUGCUGCAAAUGGGGAUGGAAGAGUCAUGUUUGCAGAGUUCGAUGACGGAGAAGAUUUAUCUUGCUGUAAUUGAAGGAAUGUUGUAUGAUUUCCGCAGCUGGUUACGUGAUCGUGACAUUGAGAGCAGAAUUAAGGAAGAAAUUGUCAAAGAUGUUGUUGAAGGAACAGUGUAUCAGUGGAACCAGAAACUGGGAAAUGAUAGAAUUGAAGGUGAGAUCAGGGAAGAAGUGCACCAGAUUGUCCUUAGUGAAGUGAUGAAGGAAAUAGGGUCUCGGCUUCAGUUCACACUGAUGGAAUCUCAGGAUGUCGUUUAUGAAUGCAAAUUGGAAGGUGAACUGAGGGAAGAAAUGAAUGAAGUCCUCUUCAGGGGAACCUGUAGAGACUGGAACGAUGUUGUAGAAAGACACGAAGCUGAAGAAGGCCUUGGCAAAGAAGUUUCUCUGACUGUAUUUGGAGAGAGUCUGAGAGACAUUACUGAAACAGGAAAUCAUAUGGCAAGGAGCUUGAAAUGGGCUGAAGAUUUAUAUUCAUCUGAGUGUAUGGAGAAUGCAGUGAAGGAGGAAAUUUGUAUGGUUUUCCUGAGAGAAACCUGCAAGAGUUGGCAGGAUGAGAUAGAUGCUCAUUGCUAUGAGGAUUUCCUAAAGGAAGAGAUCUUCCGAUUGCUUGUUACAGAGGUCAUUAGUGAAGCUUAUGAAAUUGGCAAAGGAGGAGGGUGCGUUUCUGCUGAUGGACUCCAUGAAAGUGCAGAAUUCAAUGUGAUUCAGAAACCAAGUUCACUGGAUCUAAUACCGGUUGGCCAUUCCAAGAUGAAGUUGCAGAAAGACCACCUGUGCAUUGGAGGCCUGCAAGAAGGAGACGCAAACAAACAAGUGAUAUCUGGAAAGUUGCUCACCGAGAUGAAAAGCAAUUGCAGUUCAGUGAGUAGUUCAGUUACGCGAGCCAUAGAACAUUUAGCAGUGAGUAAGAGACACUUGAGUGAACUAAGAGGUGGUUUAGGAAUCCGAGAUGGAGACAUGAUAGUAACAUAUGUUGAUCAUGCAGCAGUGGAACUUCUGCAACCAGAGAAAAGUGAGGAGGUGAAAUUAACACUGUCUGCUGCUGCAAUUGAACAACUCGUCAGUGUUUCAGAAGUAUUUACUACCUUCAACUGUGCAGUCGAGGCAAGAUUAGGACUCAACAUAUCGAGGUUGCAAGAGGCAACACAGCGCUUAAGUCCACUGGUGGAAGUUGUCGCCUCAAUGAAGAGUAAGGAAAGUCGAUACGCAGAAGCGUUCAUCAGGCAAAGCGAGAAUCUCAGAAGGGCUGAAAUCGAGGUUGAUCUACUGGGAGAUCAGGUGGAUGCACUCUUGGGACUUCUUGAGAAGAUAUAUCACAUUCUGCACCAAUAUCCACCUAUCCUGCAACAAAAUUUUGAGGUCUCAGACAUUCUGAUGAUGAUUAAGAGGCAGUUACAUAACUAGAAGGGCUCCUGCUUAUAGCAACAGUUUCAUGGCUUCUUGAGACAUUUAAUCAGAAAGGGCAACCAACAUAAAUUUUUGCAGGCUGUUAGUGAACGCUCCACUCAAUUCGAGCCCGAAUUAGCUACCUUGAUCCAACGAUGUUCUCGUAAUCAUUUGUAAUCAAGGUAUAAGAUCCAUUAUGGAACCUCUUCCAACAACUCGAGU